UAAGUAUCUAAUAGGGUUGGACGUUCAAAGCUACCAAAGCUAAUGUGUCGCUAAACAUCUUUGAAUACAAAUAAUGGAAGAAUGAAAAUAAAAUAUGCUGAUAUUUCUAUUGUCGAAUUUUAAACAAGAAACUAGAGUGUGGAUUUAAUUUACCUCCACCUUCCAUACAAGAAACCACAUAAAGUAGAUUAAAGGAAUGAGAAAAAGUCAUCACUUCACGUUCACCGUAGUUAAUCGAAAAUGAAAUACUCUUCAGAGCUGUCAAAACGUUAAUCGCUUUGCGGUGGGAGCAAAUUUUUACACUUUUAGGUUUUCUUCGCAUUUUUCAAUAUUGCUUUACUUCUAAAACUACGGAUAUGAUAACUCUGAGUCUUCUGUAGCCUUCGCCAUUCCAAAAUUGUCUUUUUCAUUCGUUAAUCACCAUGGACGGUAUGUUACUGGCACCAGUUUCAAAUUUUCAUGUUUGCAGUCAAAACCUUAAUUAAAUCUCAUUAUAUUUUAAUUCCAGGUCCUUCUGCUAAGAAAUCUAACUCACUUGAAACGCUGAUUAUUCAAAAUAUAACAAAUGUUAACGAUUUGAAGGCAAAAUUGAACGAUAUAAUCAAUCUAGGAAAAAACUACGAAUACGAUGUUUCAAAUUGUCUUACGGCAUUAUUAAAGAACAGUGACCAAGAAAUCGUGACACUGGCUGUACAAGCGAUCUCUGAGCUAGCGAAAUGUGAGGAUAAAAGGGAAACAUUUGCUAAAAAAGAUGUUAUAGAACCUAUAAUGGACAUGCUUGGUAAAGAUGUAACCUCGGACCGAUUGGAACUUGUUAAACAAUGUUGCCGAGCUCUUGGCAACUUGUGCUGUGACUGCGAUACAUCACGAAACCUAGUCCUAGACCAUGGUGUUAACAUAUUAACAAAACUUCUUAAAACAACUUUGGACAACACAAAUCUGAGUGAAAUAAAAAUCUUUACAUGCAAAACGUUGUUAAACUAUGCUAUUGGUGGGCAACAAUUUACUGAAUCUAUAGUGGAAAGUGGUCUGAUUGAGCUGAUACAGCAGAUCUUGGCUGUGGAGUUGGAGAGCGAGGAUAUGGAUGACGACCUGGUGUCUACGGUGCUGCUAAUUCUCAGUGUGGUUAAUGAUAAUACUCCGGAGUUUCUGUUUAGUGAGGAUGUAAACUUGUUGGUGCUAAGAGUGCUGCGUGAGACGGUUAAUAUGGAGAUUUCAGAACUGUGCCUAGAUCACUUGCUUUUGCAGGCUGAACAUGAGUCGGUAAAGACGCUCCUAGCCCGUCAAGAGUGCAUACAACAUGUUUGCUCCCGUUUGGAGGCAUUGUUGCGGCGUCAGGCCUCCAGGGAGCUCAGGGCUUCUGAUUCCGAGGUGGACGCCCUAGUUAAACAGGCCUGCGACUUACUUGUGUUGGUACUUACUGGAGACGAAGCGAUGCACCUCCUGUACGAGAACGGACACGGGGCCGUGUACGAAACGACAGUACGGUGGCUCGAAGCCUCCAACCCGCACCUGCUGAGCGCGGCCGUGCUCGCGAUAGGCAACUUUGCUCGUCAGGACGACUACUGCGCCGCGAUCAUGGACACUCAUAUAUUUGAUAAGUUACUUGACAUAUUCGAGACGCACCACAAACUGGGCGUAGAGCUGAAGCAAGGCAAAACGCACUCUAUAGGCUUGGCCACAGCGAGCAAAGUGCAGCACGCGGCUCUGUCCGCCCUCAGGAACCUGACCGUCUCAGCGGCUAAUAAGAAAGUCGCGGCCAGCAAGGGCAGAGCGGCGCCGGUACUCCUUGGCGCCCUACCUACCGUGGAAGACCACCACGUAGCCUAUAAACUACUCGCUGCUCUCAGGAUGCUGGUCGACGGACAAGAGGGCGUGGCUCAACAGCUGGCGUCCGACCGCGCCGCGCUGGCGGCCGCGGCGCGCUGGGGCGCCUCCGAGCACGCCGGGGCCGCCGGGGAGGCGCCGCGCCUGCUCGCCUGGAGCAGCAAGCUGCUGCCCGACUCCAGGCACUGGAGGAACUAUGUCGAGGUCGACGGCUGCAUAUCCUGCUUAGUAAACAUGCUAAUCGCAUCUCACUCUGUCAUGCAGAACGAAGCCAUCCUCGCUCUCACUCUCCUCUCAAUCCACUGUCUCAAGGACAAACCGGACAUCGAUAUCGAAAACACCUUUAUUGCCCACCUCUUAAAGUCCGAAAUCGGUCAUUUCUACCACGUGCCCUGUCACCCCGCCAUGUUUUGGUGGUUACUGCUCGCGGGCUUCGCUGUUGCCCUUCUGCUGUACCGACGACAGAGAAGAGGAUUCCACAAAGUCUACGAUGCUUAUCCCUUAGGACUACCUAGCUGUCCUCUCAUCGGCCAUGGGUACAUAUUUAGGGGUACAGAUGAAGAUCGAAUGAAGUCCAUGAUGAACCUAGGAAAUGUAUCUCUUCAACAUGGUGGUAUCGGUUGUUUCUGGAUGGGUCCGAAAUUGUACGUCGCAAUCACAGAUCCCGAGGUGUUGGAGCUGACAGCGAAGGCAUGCCUUGAGAAAGAUGACGCCAUGGUAAAGUUCAUUCGACACGUGCUUGGAAACGGGCUCAUAUUCGCUCCAGUUAAAAUUUGGCGUGCUCGUCGCAAAGUCAUGGCCCCUACAUUCAACAUGAAGAGUCUCCAGAAUUUCGUGCCGAUAUUUGACAAGCAGAGCAAUAUUAUGACUGAGAAGCUGCGCGAGCGAGCGGGCAGCGGCGAUUUUUCGAUUUGGGACUAUGUCACUACUUACACCUUUGACUCUAUUUGUGAGACAGUUCUCGGCAUUGAAUUAAAUGCCCAGAAGCACCUACACCACCCUUUUAUCACCGCGUUCGAUGUCAUCACUCAGAUAAUUUCCCAGCGGCUCCUGUCGCCCUGGCUAUACUGGGAUUGGGUCUUCAGACUGACGUCACUCUAUAAGCUUCUCGAGGAUAAUUUAAAAAUUGGUUAUGCGUUCUUUGAUGAGACGUUACGUGCUAAAAGGAAACAACUAGCAAGCGGGGUGGUUGAGAAUGAACGUAAAACCUUCCUCGACAUGUUGAUCGAAUCCGGACAAGCCCGGUACACGGACAUCGAGCUUCGCGAGGAGAUACUGUCAAUAGUGUCCGCUGGCACGGACACGUCGGCUGUUGGGACUGCGUUCACGGCUCUCAUGCUGUCCAGGCAUCCCAGGGUGCAGGAGAAGGUGUAUGCUGAAUUGAAAGAAGUUUUCGGCGACUCCGACCGUCCAGUAACCUGGCAAGAUCUACCAAAACUGAAAUACCUCGAAAUGGUGAUUAAGGAAACUCUGCGACUGUACCCACCAGCGCCCGUCGUCGUUAGGGAUGUCCACGAGACCGUUGUACUACCAAACGGGACAACAUUGGUGCCGGGCACAGCGCUCAUGCUGCACUUCUGGGGCACGCACCGCAACGUGCAGUACUGGGGCGCCGACGUGGAAGAGUUCCGGCCCGAGCGCUUCCUGGAGCCCUUGAGGCACCCCGCGCAAUUCGCGCCGUUCAGCUACUCGCUGAGGAACUGUAUCGGUGCAAACUACGCGAUAAUGUCAACAAAGACGAACUUGUCCAACCUGCUCCGUCGCUACAUACUGCUACCGCCAUCUAGCGUGCCGCCCGAGAAACUCGCAUGCCCGUUGCGUGUCAAGUUUGACAUCAUGAUGAAACAUUGUGACAAGUUUGUGCUCAGGAUUGACCACAGACACAAGGAAUAAAAUUCCCAGAAAUGAUUACCUACUAACGCGUCCUUAAGCUAGUUUUGUUAAAGCAGGUAAAGCAGGUUUUAUACAUUUUUCAUCACACUUGCUCGAAAAAGAUCUUAUUUCAUGCAGGUGUGCUGAAGGACAAAGGCCUAUUUUGUUCCCACGGGAGUUAUGGAUUGUAAAAAAAAUGCUAUAACUCCCUAUUAUAAUUAUUAAAAACCAAAUACAAACGAUUGGUUUUGGUUUGUAAUAAUCUGGCUUGGUUUUAUUUUGUUACUAUCAUAAUUUGUGUUUUUAAUAUGAUUAUGUAUUUAAACUUUAUAUUGUGUAUUUUUGCAGCUGCCAAAUAAAUGAUUUAUCUAUCUA